AGCCAAUCGGCCUUGCCACGCCAAGGUAAGGUAGCUAGGUACUGUUACAUUUCGGGAGCACCGCCCGGCGAUCGCCAAAUCCUUUCGACGCCCCCUCACUGCACCUCUGUUUAACCUCUCUUUCCAAACACAUCGCCGGAAACUUGCCCUCUUCGCCGUCAGCUGAGGUGCUUGUGCCAGCUUGGUGGCUAUUGGAGACAGCGAGAACAAUGCAGCAGAGAAAAUCUCACACGAAAUCGCGGCGAGGGUGUCGGAACUGCAAGCGACGCCACACAAAAUGUGACGAGCAAGGACCGCCAUGUGCAGGCUGCGUGCUCCGCAACGAAGCCAGCACGUGCAUAUUGCUUGCUGGCCCAGCAAAGCCAAACAAGCCCGCCUUGCCAACACCCAGACCCGCGUCAGCCCUGCCGUCUCACGUACGCAGUAGGGGUAGGCUGCUCGCCCCGGCAACGAUAACACCGGCGCCGAGCGUGCCGUCGCCGUGCUCGUUCUCGUCAACGGCCCCGUCCGACCGUCUGCUCGAGCUGGAGCUGAUGCACCGGUGGGCGACGCGGUCGUGGGCCAGCUUCAGCUGCAUCCCGCAGUGCGAGGCGUACCUGGUGCAGCGGCUGCCGCGCUGCGCGCUGCGCCACAGCUACCUCAUGAACGCUAUCCUGUCCGCCGCCGCCAUGGACCUGGCGCUGGCGACCCGGGGGGCGACUUCCACCGACAGCCUGCACACCCACGGGUACUACCUGCGCUGGGCGCUCGAAUACAGCACGCGCGCCAGCGCCGAGUUCCGCACGCAGGUCGCCGCCGUCAGCCCUGACAACGUCGACCUGCUGUUCUACUUCUCGUCCGUCGCCGCCGUGGUGCACUUUGCCACGCCCGCCACAGACACAGACACAGACACGAACACGGACGCAGACACGGACAUCAUCGGCCGCGUCAGCAUGCUGUGCGACAUGCUGCUGGCGUCGGCGCACAUUGCGUAUGCCAACAUGGCGUGGCUGCUGGCGACGCCGAGCCCCGUCGCCACCCUCGUCAGCGAAUACGCCGUCGACGUCGGCCUGAUACGCGUGCUGGACGGCACCGCCACGCAGGCAGCUGUCAACCUGCUGUCGGCCGUCAGCCGGCAGGUGCGCGUCGCACCUGCGGCCACCGCCAACCCUACAUCGUCUACUCCCACUUCCAGCGGAGAGAGCGACGACAGCGACGCGCUAGCGGUGGUGACGCUGCCGCCGCUCGCCUGCGAGGUCAUGGCUUACCAGCUCGCCAUCGGGCAGACCACGUACUGCUUCGCCGAGGAGCGGCUGGGGCGCGUGCAGGGGUAUUUUGUGUCGCUGUUCGGGGUGGCGGGGCCCGAGUUCGCGGCGGCGAUCCGCGUGCGCGAGCCCAUGGCGCUGUUCGUGCUGCUGUACUGGGGCGUGCUGCUCGACACGGCGGCACGGGACCCGCGCAUGUGGGUCGUAGCCGACUCGGGGUGCGAGCUCGUGGCCGCUGUGUCGGAGGCGCUGCUGGUCGAGGGGAGUGGUAUUGGGCACAUUGCCGAGGUGCGGCAGGGUAUUGCGUGGACGCGCCACCGCGUCGCGCUGCCGCCGUUGCUCGGCUGCGAGAUGGCCCCGGAGAUGAUGGCCGGGUUCGUGCUGGGGGAGGACUGAGUGCGGUGGUUGGGAUUGGGACGAUGAGUCUCUAUUGUCUAUUUAAUAUAGAGCAAAGACAAAAC